AGGACUCCCCGGUUGUACAAAGUGUCUUCGCAAGCAUCAAAGAUGUCCUGGCUAUGGCAAGGAGACUACGCCCCAGUAUCAGUAUCAGUAUCAAACGAGCGAUGGCUUACAAUAUCCGCCUCUACACAUUUUUGUACGAGGACGUCCUUUAACCUCAGACAAGCUCUCUCCACCCAUCUCGAUAGCACCAGAGAGCUUUGCCGUCCAGAGAUUCCUCCAUGACUGGCUUCAUCCUACUGCAUCGGCAACAGGGCAUAUUCCUAGACUUUCUAGACUCAUUGACCAGGCAAGGUCUCUAUCAAACUCCAUUGUACCUCAAAGCUUUGGACUCUGUUGCUUUUGCUAGUCUAGCAAAGCAAAUCAAGGACGAAAACUUACUUUACAAAGCUCGUGUUGCCCAUGGCGCUACAUUACGCUUCCUCAAUGAAGCCCUUCAAGAUCCCGUCCAGGCAACUAAAGACUCAACCUUGGCGUCCGUCAUCUUGUUGAGUCUGUACGAGGUCAUUGUGCGAGAGUCUGUUAGGCCUUCGCUCUGGGAGAUACACCAUGACGGCUGGAUGCUAAUCAUUAAAUUGCGGGGUCCUGAACAAUUCGACACUUAUGUCGGCCAAAGCAUGGUCCGAUACAUCUUCAGUCAUCUGCAAGCGGCAUGCUUGUCCAAGUCGCUUCGUCCAUCGUUUGUUCCUGUUUUUAACCACAACCCUAAGUUCCCAAUCUCUGUAUUCAGCGACACAGCCAUACGUGUGACAAACUACUGCGCCAAAGCACAGGAGCUCAAGAUGAGCCUGCAUGAACCAAUUACAAUAGAGCUCCUUGAUCAUGUCAAUGCAGCGGUCGAGUUGGAAGCCGAGCUGGACAAAUUUCCUUACCUCAUGGUCAACAAGAGAAGCUACCGGACCGUCACAAUCGCUCCCGCGCAGCAACGCACACUCCCUCUCGCCUACCCUGACUGGCUUAAUUCGUACCAUGUCUACUCUGAUUUCCGCAUGGCCGGAAUCUGGAACUUCUGGAGAUGUAGCCGUGUGUUUGUGAAAGACGCUAUCCUCAAAUGUGUCACUAGAUUAAAGGCUAUGGGUGGACUUGGGCAGGAAGGCAUGCUAAAUGAACUAAUAUCGUUGCCAACAGCGAACAUGGAGGAUUAUGCUGACGGCAUCCUGGCCUCCGUACCAUAUCUACUGGGCCAGCUGAGUCCCAUUGAAGAGCGUAAACCGUGUCCGUAUCCUCCACCAAUUGGCUCUUACUUCAUCUUGUGGCCGUUCCAGGUGCUCCUACUUCGCGCCAAUCUCGAUGCACACCGCAUCGAGUUUAUGCACAGCGUGCUCAAAUACAUAAGAGACGUCCCUGGGCUCGGACAAGCGGAUGUAAUCCUCAGUUUUACGAGCAACUAUAACAAACAAAAUCCAAUGGCAAGUCUUCAAACAGCAGUCAACGAAGCGACACGCUCUUUGUCGGCUCUAUAAUCACCGUUUGGGCAAUAUCUAUGAUAUGAACCAGCUCAAAACGCCCUCGCCAUACAGAAUAAGCUCCAUCGAAUAUCCACAAUGUCAAAAUCUUAUACAAUCUCAAGGCAUCAACAUGCAAACACGGCUUGUAUACACACAACCUCAAACACGACCUUCAUAUCUUUCGGGCGAAGGCGAGACCGGUCGAAGAGGACGUGUAACAAUUGGCACGGUGUCGGAAUGCGGUGGAC